UUUUGGUAGUAUACCAUUCUACCGUUGAUUUCGAGUAGUGGCAAGAAGCAAGAUCUCGCCAGAAGACAACAGGAUCCUUGUGGCUUCGAAUCAUGGGUAGAAGUCGUUUUUGCAAACAUUCCUUGAUGUAUAUUUCGCUGUUUGUAGGUGUCAGUGUAGCUCUGAAAACCAAAGAGGGUAAAUAUGAUGAUCCGAUAGCUGUAAAAACACGACUAGGAUGGACCGUAUGCGGUGGGUGGAAAGCGGAAAAAAUGCAAGGGGUUGGACAAUGUUCGUUCCACGUGUGUGUGAAUCCCGAGAAAUCGGAUGAGAAUUUACACCAAAUCGUGAAGGCUUACUUCGCGCUGGAUAGCCAAGGCAUAACGAAAUCUGAAAACGUUCUUUCCUCUGAGGACCAACGUGCGCAUGAUCUUUUGAAGUCUGGUACAUACCUGAGAGGAAAUCGCUAUGAAACCGGACUCCUAUGGCGUCACGAUGAUUUUCGUCUACCAGACAGCCGUGAAAUGGCCCUUCAACGGCACCUGAGUCUUGUUAAGCGAUUGGAAAAGAACCCAUUGUUGGCGGAGAUACUCCAUCAAAAGCUUUCGGACUACAUUCGAAAGGGUUACGCAAGAAAGCUCAAUGACGAUGAGCUUAAUCAAACGUUUCAGCGCGUCUGGUACCUUCCCGUAUUCCCUGUGAUGAACUCGAACAAACCUGGGAAAGUGAGGUUAGUGUGGGAUGCAGCGGCAAAAUCGCACGGUAUCUCGUUAAAUUCUGCUCUACUCAAGGGACCAGACCAACUGUGUUCGCUGUUUGCUAUCUUGCUGCAAUUUCGCGAAGGACGGAUAGGACUAACUGGAGACGUGCGUGAGAUGUUUCAUCAAAUACUCAUCCGUGAUGAAGAUCAGCAAUGCCAACGCUUUUUUUGGACCGACAAGGAUGGGAAAUUGUCAGUGUACGUAAUGAACGUCAUGACCUUUGGAGCUUGCUGCUCCCCAAGUAGCGCACAGUAUGUCAAAAACCUAAAUGCCGAACGUUUCGCUAAAGAGUUUCCAGCUGCAACGAGAGUAAUCUUGAAGCUGCAUUAUGUUGACGACAUGCUGCUCAGUACAAACUCUGAAGAGGCUGCGAUUCGUCUCGCAAAGGACGUGCAAUACAUACAUUCUCAAGGCGGAUUUGAAAUUCGUAACUGGAUUAGUAAUUCCAGAUACGUUCUGACCACUCUGGGUCAAGAUAGUACCGACGAUAAAGAUCUAGAUCUAGCCACUGAGCUGGCUACCGAGAAAGUUUUGGGAAUGUGGUGGUGUACACAAAAGGAUGUCUUCACGUAUAAAGUUGGCUGGAAUCGAUACGACCACGCUCUUCUCAAAGGCCUGCGACGCCCUACGAAACGAGAGGUUCUACGUGUUCUCAUGACGAUAUUUGACCCUCUCGGAUUGAUAGCUCACUACCUCAUGCACCUUAAAGUUCUUCUACAGGAUAUCUGGCGAUCUGGAAUUGAGUGGGAUGAGAAGAUCAACGAGGAGCUGUAUGAUAAAUGGAGAAUGUGGCUCACAGUUCUCCCGCAAGUGGAGUUAGUUAUGAUCCCACGUUGUUAUCAAUCAUUGACGCCACCGAUAAAUCGUAUUGAUUCUUCAACUUCACUUAUCCAACCCUUAGAACCGUGUGAUCCGAAUCAAGUUUUGAAAAUUGGUUGUCCAAUCAAAAUUGACAGUUAUUUCUCCCGACCUAAACAGAGCGAUGUAGAACUCCACACCUUCGUUGACGCUAGCGAGAAUGGCAUGGCAGCCGCAGUAUACAUUCGUUUCAUGCAUGUUGGGGAAAUAGAAUGCACCCUUGUCGCAGCGAAAACAAAGGUAGCCCCACUGAAACACCAAUCGAUUCCCAGACUAGAACUUCAAGCUGCUGUGAUUGGAUCUAGACUAGCGCGAACAGUACAAGAAACACUCUCUAUUCCAGUUCAUCGGCAAAUAUUCUGGUCGGACUCCAGAGACGUAUUGUGCUGGAUAAACUCCGACCAUCGUAAAUACACUCAAUUCGUGGCCUGUCGAGUGAGUGAGAUUCUCGAAACGACGGAAACUAAUGAAUGGCGUUGGGUUCCAUCAAAGUCUAACGUGGCAGAUGAUGGCACGAAGUGGACAAGACUACCCGACUUAACUUCUAGAGCAAGAUGGUUCAGUGGCCCAGAGUUCUUGAAAAUGCAAGAAGCUAAAUGGCCACAGUCAUCCGUCAAAGUAAAUCCGACGGCUACUGAGUUACGUCAUCGAUUGUCAUUCCAUGUCAUGAUGCCUUCUCCUAUCGUAGACGUUACAAACUUCUCGUGUUGGAAGCGGUUGAUACAUCUGGUUGCACGUGUUCAACGCUUCCCAGCGAAUUGUCGUCGAAAACUCAAGCACGAACAAAUUCUCACCGAAACCUUAUCUAUGGAAGAACAACGUGGAGCCGAAGAUUAUCUCGUGCGUCUUGCUCAACGUGAAGCAUUUCCAGAGGAAAUCAAUUUAUUGAGGAACUCCUCACAUCAACAGCAAGAGUCACACAACGUGCUGCCAAAGACCAGCAAACUUCGCCAGCUAACUCCAUGGCUGGACAAUCGAGGCAUAAUGCGGAUGCGUAGUAGAAUUGCAGCUUGCGCAUUCGCCACCGAGGAUGCAAAAUAUCCCAUAAUUUUACCGCGUGAGCACCAUUUAACCACCCUAAUCUUAAAACACUACCACCACAAAUAUCAUCACCAAAACCACGAAACUGUAAUCAAUGAGAUACGGCAGAAGUACUAUGUUCCCCGUAUUCGUGUUAAUUAUCGAAAAGUACGCAACACAUGCCAACGUUGCAAGAAUGAAACCUCGUUACCGCAUAUCCCGAUCAUGGCCGAGCUCCCAGCAGCUAGACUAGCUGCAUUUUCGCGACCUUUCACACACGUAGGUGUUGACUACUUUGGACCGAUGGAAGUCGUCGUCGGGCGGCGAGUGGAAAAAAGAUGGGUCAUGCUGGCUACCUGUAUGACCAUUCGUGCGGUGCACCUUGAAGUUGUGCACUCUCUCACGACCGAUUCAUGCAUUAUGGCUCUUCGAAAUUGCUUUGCACGACGUGGUUGUCCGAGAAAAAUCUACAGCGACCGUGGUACUAACUUUAUUGGUGCCAACAAAAAGCUGAAGGAGCUAUAUCAAGAGAUCGACCAAGUAACUAUUAUGAGAGAGUUCGUGAGUUCAGACACAGAGUGGGUUUUCAAUCCGCCGUCCGCACCACACAUGGGUGGUAGUUGGGAACGGCUUAUACGCACAGUGAAAAACAAUUUGUUCGCCAUACGCCCAUCUCGAAGGCCAACCGAUGAAGUUUUCCGGAACCUGCUCACUGAAAUUGAAAAUAUUAUUAACUCUCGCCCUUUAACACAUGUUCCGAUCGAUGAUGACUCCGCACCGGCUCUCACACCCAAUCACUUUCUGUUGGGUUCGUCGAACGGAAUAAAACCGCUUUGUUUCUCGAACGACAGUGGGGCUAUACUCCGCCAAAACUGGCGUGCAUCACAGAUUCUCGCAAAUCAAUUUUGGAGAAGAUGGCUUUCCGACUACCUGCCUGAGAUCACCAGAAGAUCGAAAUGGUUCGACCACACUAGACCAAUAACUACUGGAGACGUAGUUGUCAUCGCUGACAACAAGUUACCCCGGAAUUUGUGGCCGUUGGGAAAAAUCAUCCAUACCCACAUUAGCAAGGACGGCCAAAUCCGAUCUGCAACAGUACGCACAGCCGUCGGUGUCUACGAGCGACCGGUAUCGAAGCUGGCGGUAUUGGACGUUCACCGCGAUAGAUAGUAAGCCAACUCGCAGGUUGGCGUACCGGGGGGAGUGUUGUCCGAACCUAUUUGGACCACGCGCACCUCUCAUCCAAUAUCUUGGCCCACGCACACGAAUGCAGUCAGCUAGGGUACAGACGAGAGUGACAGUUUAACGCAGGGAGUAAACAAAUAAAACACAGUUUCACAGUGCGUAUCAAAUACAUAUUAUUAAAACUAAAUCCUUUAAAUAGCUGCCAUAAAACGAACUAUUAUAGUGCUCAUUACUAAUAAAUAUCUACCUUAGAUUGGUCAGUAAUAGUAGCUCACCCACAAGCGGGAACCCUUUACUAGAGCCGAUAUCGCCUACAGGAACCCGAACCCCAC